AGGUGAUCGAACUACUGGGGAAGGUGUUGACAAAACUAUACCACUUAUGCGGAAAUAUUGUUAUAAUCAAGUAAUAGUGUCUUUCUCUGCCAGGCUGAAAGCGAGUUAUGGUAGGUCUGGUAAGUGACUAUAGUAAAUGCCAGUGGGUGUGACAGCCGGUAAUAAAAGGAGGCGAUCCGGCGCUAUGGCUGAAGCACCAGAAAACGCCGCCCCCGAAAUCACACGCGUGGAAGAACGACCAGAACAUGGCAUGAAGAUACUACAGGGUCUGAACAAGCUAAAAAAUGACAAAGUGCUCUGUGAUGUAAUUUUGAUUGCUGAAGGCAAAAAAUUUGAGGUUCAUCGAGUGAUCCUAGUGUCUUGUUCUGAUUACUUCCGGUCCAUGUUCACCAGCGGUAUGAGAGAGAGCACUCAGACUGAGAUAGAGCUGAAGGGGGUGACAGGCAAGGGACUGGAGAAAGUCUUGGAGGUUGUCUACACCUCCACUACAACACUGGAAGGAGACGACAUAUUUGACGUGAUUGCUGCCGCCACACACUUACAGGUUACCCCAGUUAUUGAGUUUUGUGAGCGCAACUUCCUUAGCGGCAUGACAACGACAAACUUCUAUGACUUCAUCAACACAGCCAAGCUGUACAGCAUGAACAACGCUCUGAAGCAGAUAGAUGCCUUUAUUGCCAAAAAUCUCAUGCAGAUUUCCAAGGAGGGAACGUUGAAUCUUCUGACAUAUGAUCAAAUGUACAACUGUCUUAGCUGUGAAAAACUGUAUUUGAAAGAGAUCGAUAUAUUCCGUAUAACAUGGGAAUGGCUUAAGCAGGACACCACCCAGGAGGACCAUGCUGAGCAGCUGAUGCGGCUGAUUCGCUUCCCACUGAUCAACCCAGCUGACCUCGUACAACAUGUACAGAGUGUGGAGACGAUGAUGGUAAGCCCUGAGCUGCGCCAAAUGGUUCUGUCCGCACUGAACUACCAUGUCGUUCCCCACUCACAAGCCCUCUUCACAGCCCCUAACGUGCAGCUACGCUCAUUUGUGGAAAGACUAAUAAGUGUGGGUGGCAGGGAAAUUCACCCCAAUCCCUGCUUACAUGACGAAAUUCUUGUUUUCGAUUCAAAAAUAACAGCCAACAGUCUUUUAAACAGACAGGAAAUAGCUUCCUUGCCAAGUGCUUUGAGUCACAUGCAAGUUGUGGUGUUCAAUAACUUUUUAUAUGUACUAGGCGGGUGUACCACCCAGUGUGCACAUGGUGAGUCGGCAGUAAACUCUGUGCUGCGCUAUGACCCUAGGUUUGACACCUGGCACCAGGUCUGCCCCAUGAUAAAUAAGCGAGCUUAUUUUUUCGCAGGUGCGCUAAACAGUAAAAUAUAUGCUGUUGGUGGGAAAUUUAAAGACGGCAGCCUGGCUACUGCAGAAAGCUAUGACCCUGCAGAGAACUCGUGGGACCUGAUAUCACCCAUGCCCAUGUCUUAUCAUGCCCAUGCAGGAGCAGUCUACGGCGAUCAUAUUUAUGUUUCUGGGGGGUACAGUGGCAAUCAUUUUACACCUGACAUGCAACGCUACGACCCGUCAGCCAAUCAGUGGGAGGACAUGGCGCCAAUGUUGACGCCGCGUGGCUGGCAUGUCAUGUGUGCCACUCCUGAGAAACUGUAUGUGUUUGGGGGUUGUAAUUUGAAUGUGAACCAACAAGCUCAGCCUGUGAUGCAAUCGGAAUGCUACGACCCCAGCACGGACCAGUGGACAAUAAUCGCUCCACUGUCUGUAUCUCAUAAGGAAGCCUCCUGUGUCGUUUACAAUGACCAAAUCUAUGUCUUGGGAGGCUAUAAUGUUCAAACCAAAACAGGGCAAAAGCUUGUCUCCAGGUAUGACAUUUAUACAGGUAUAUGGGAAACAGUUGGGGCAUUACCACGAAGUUUGACUGGUGUAGGUUACUGUACGCUACGAUUACCCUCCUACAACUUGGAUGGGUCAGACUGACCCAGCCUUAGUGCAUCCUCAUUCCAAACAUAACUGCACAGUCUGACCAUGUUUAAUCAUGGCCAUGCAAGUGUUUUAAUUGAGCAUCCGUUCUUCGUGUACAGAUGACAUCUUACUGUAUGUGCAGUCAGUUUUCUUGCAUUUGUAGAGAUGUUGUUGCAUGGAUUCAUACUCUACAUAUACAUGUGAAUAAAUAUAUACACCUCCUGACCUUUCAACACAGUAAUGAAUUGUGGCUAAUUUGCUCUCAGUGUCUGAAAACCAAGUCUGUUUUAAAAGCGUUGUGUUCUUGUAUACGUAGAUUUAUCUAUAUAUAU